AUGCAGGUUGCAAGCUGCGUCUAUCAUACACACGGCGACUAGAGAGCCCAAAUGGCGAGCCGGCUCAAAUGCUGCUAUUUUGGCGCGCGGCGGGCGAGCGAUGGACCGAACGUGGCCUCCUCGACGCCUAGGCGACGCCCACGGUCGGUGCUCCGCUUGGUAGCACCGCGCUGCGGGUUGUUGCUCUGGCGGCCGCCGAGACGCCGCGAGCGGACGCCGCGCGGCACACACACACAGCCAGGACGCCGCCGCAGCACACACACAAGCAGCGACACUCACCGCUUUUAUCACCCACACAGAUCUUCGUCAAGACCCUCACGGGCAAGACGAUCACGUUGGACGUCGAGCCGUCCGACACGAUCGACAACGUGAAGCAGAAGAUCCAGGACAAGGAGGGCAUCCCGCCCGACCAGCAGCGCUUGAUCUUCGCGGGCAAGCAGCUCGAGGACGGCCGCACGCUCAGCGACUACAACAUCCAGAAGGAGUCGACGCUCCACCUCGUUUUACGGCUGCGCGGCGGCGGCAAGAAGCGCAAGAAGAAGACGUACACGAAGCCCAAGAAGACGCCCCACGUCCACAAGAAGGACAAGCUGCGGGUCCUCCGCUUCUACAAGAUCGAGGACGACGGAAAGGUGACGCGGCUCCGGAAGUACUCGCCCGUCGCGGGGACCGCCGGCUGCUUCAUGGCACAGCACUUCGACCGGUACUACUGCGGCAAGACGGGCCACACGUACUUCUACAACAAGGAGAAGGAGUCGUCCUAG